AUGGGGGCCAUCGAGCCUGUGGAUCCCCGGGCUUGCCCCCGGGGUUUUUACUCAACUUAUUUUCUGGUUCCGAAGAAGACCGGCGGUUUUCGGCCGGUUCUGGAUUUGCGGGGCCUCAAUCGGUACCUGAAGGUACUUCCGUUCCGCAUGUUGACCGUCGCGGAUGUAUUGCGGGUGGUCGCCCGGGGGGAGUGGUUCACCUCCGUGGACCUGAAGGACGCCUACUUUCAUGUGCCGGUCGCUCCUCGCCACAGGCGGUUCCUCCGCUUCGCCUACAGGGGUCGCCACUGGCAGUUCAGGGUGCUCCCCUUCGGGCCCUCCCUUUCCCCGAGGGUGUUCACCCGUGUUGUGCGGGCUGGUCUGGCUCCCCUCCAGUCGGUGGGCAGGAAGAUUCUGCCCUACCUCGACGACUGGCUGCUGUGUGCGCUGUCGCGCGCUCAGGCGUACGGCGAUACGGCAGUCCUUCUUGCCCACGUGGAUCGCUUGGGCAUCAGGGUGAAGUCGUGUCUGGUUCCUUCCCAGCAGGCGACCUUCCUCGGGGUGUCUCUGGACUCGGUGGCCAUGUUGGCUCGACCGUCGUCCCGUCGGGUGGAGGCCGCUCUUCGCCUCCUCUCGCAUUUUUCGGUGGGUCAGGUACGUCCGUAUCUGACCUUUCUGCGUCUUUUGGGCGUGCUGACGUCCCUGACCGCGGUCGUGCCCCUUGGUCUUCUCUUCUUGCGCCCCCUGCAGCGGUGGCUGAAUGGCUUUCGCCUGGACGCCAGGCGGCACCGGCGACGGUUACUGAGAGUCUCCGGCCGGUGCGCGGUGGCCUUGGCGCCGUGGAGGAACGGGGCUUUCUUGUUGGAGGGCGUUCCAUUGGGGGUUGCCCCAGUCCGUCGCGAGGUGGUCACUACGGACGCCAGUCGCUUGGGAUGGGGUGCCGUCUGGCAGCGCAGGGCUGCUCGGGGUAGCUGGUCUCUGCGGGACCACGCUGUCCACAUCAACGUCCUGGAGCUGCGUGCGGUUCACCUGGCUCUCCGGCACUUUUACCCUUUCCUACGGGGAAGGCACGUGCUGGUGCGUUCAGACAAUGCUGCCGCCGUGUACCACAUCAACCACCAGGGGGGCACGAGGUCCGCUCAUCUCUUGGAGGCCUCCCGCCGUCUUCUUGUGUGGGCGGCCCCUCGUCUUGCGAGUCUGCGGGCCGCCUAUCUUCCCGGCCAGUUGAACCGUCUGGCGGACUCCUUGUCCCGCCGUCGCCUCCCGCCGGGGGAGUGGCGCCUCCAUCCCGAGGUGGUGCGCGCGAUUUGGGGAGUUUUCGGCCAAGCCGAGGUGGACCUCUUCGCCUCCCGGGAGUCGGCCCAUUGCCCUCUCUGGUUUUCCCUGGGGGAGCGCUCCAGCCCUCUCGGUCAGGACGCGCUGGCCCACCCCUGGCCGAGGGUCCUGCUCUACGCCUUCCCGCCGCUCCCUCUGAUCUGGCUGACGCUUCGGAGGGUGUCUUUGGAGGGGCACUCAUUGCUGCUGGUGGCCCCCUUCUGGCCGGCUCGCCUAUGGUUUCCCCUGCUGCGCAGCCUGUGUGUCGGCGAGCCUUGGUGCCUCCCCGAGAGGCGGGAUCUACUGUCCCAGUUGGGGGGCCAGUUAUGGCAUCCCGAUCCUGGCCGUCUCCGCCUGCACGUCUGGCCGCUGAGGGGACCGACUCGCUGUUUGACGCCUGCUCGAUACGCUGGCCGGUGGAGGUUGUUCGUGAAGUGGUGCGGGGACCGUGGGGAUGACCCGGUGAGUUGUUCUGUCCCCACUGUUCUGGACUUCUUACAGUCCCUCCUUGAUAUUGGUCGCUCUCCGUCCACCCUCAAGGUCUACGUCGCUGCCAUCUCUGCUCAUCACGCCAAGGUCUCUGGUGGAUCUGUGGGGAACCACGGCCUGGUCGCUACAUUCCUCAAGGGGGCUCUGAGGCUCCACCCCCGCAGGUGUCCUCGCGCCCCGGUCUGGGAUCUGCAGCUGGUGCUUGACAGCUUGUGCCGCCCCCCCUUCGAGCCUAUGGAUGCGGCCAGGCCUCAGUGGGUCGCCCGCAAGGCGGCGUUCCUGCUGGCCGUUGCCUCUGCUAAGCGGGUUGGCGAACUGCACGCACUCUCGGUUAGCCCGUCGUGCAUGUUUUGGCACCCCGAGGGUUCAGUUGUCACACUGUGGCCUAACGUUGCGUUUAUGCCCAAGGUGUUGGCUGACUCCCGUUGCAAUCGUCCCUUACGCCUUGCUCGUUACCGCCCCCCACCUGGGGAGGGUGGGAGCAGACCGGAGCUGUUGUGCCCGGUGAGGGCCCUGAGGCUUUAUGUGGACUCCACGGCAAGUUUUCGUAGGUCGUCCCAACUUUUUGUCUGCUACGGGGCACGUGGUCGGGGCUCUGCCCUCUCCAAGCAGCGCCUCUCUCAUUGGGUCGUUGAUACUAUUUCUUACUCCUAUCAGAUGGCUUGUCGCCCCCUGCCGUCGGGUGUGCGCUGUCACUCUACCAGGGGCGUGGCCACAUCCUGGGCUGCCCUGAAAGGGGUGCCUCUGGAGGACAUCUGUGCCGCCGCCUCAUGGUCGGCGCCUGGCACCUUCUUCAGGUUCUACUGUUUGGACGUCACCUCUCCCCACCCGCUGGGUGCGGUCUUCGGAUCGGAGGGGACUUCCCUGUGA